AGUCACAGAGUCAGACACACGCUCUCUCUCUCUCUCUCUCUCUCUCUGUCUCUCUCUCUCUCUCUCUCUGUCUCUCUCUCUCUCUCUCUCUGUCUCUCUCUCUCUCUCUCUCUCUCGCUCUCUGUCUCUCUCUCUCUCUCUCGCUCUCUCUCUCUCUCUCUCUCUCUCUCUCUCUCUCUCUCUCUCUCUCUCUCUCUCUCUCUCGCUCUCCUGAUGAUGAUAGCUCUCACCCCGCCCCCCCGGACUGUCCUGUCGAGCAGCUCCGCUCUUCCUACUCUGAGGAGAUCACCUGUCGAUCAGGAUCAUCUGUCAGCGCGCGACCUGCUCGUCGAUGCUCUGAUCGAUCACUGGUCGAUAUGAAGUUAAGUCAACUGGUUCAAGUGGGACUCGAGUUCUACGAGUUUCUCAACGAGACGAAUCGAUCAUCGAUCACAGAGAGAAACCGACUGAGCGAAGUUUACAACCGAGAGUUCCGGAGCAGGAUCCCAGGAUCCAAAGACCCGAGCUUCGGUUCACUUCUUUACGGCCUGAAAACCCACGGGAAAAUAACCGUGCGAAGAGGAACCAUCCGAUUCAACCCCAAGGUUCGAGCUCUUUACGUGGACCAGUGGUCCACAUCCAGGACUCAGCGGUCCCAGGCGGCCCAGGGCGGAGGGACCAGUCCCGGGACCCCUCCGACCUCCACCUCCCCAGAUGGAGCAGAGACAGGAGUCCGAGCCCGGAGGCAGAUGGCGUCUCGCCUGAUGACCAAGCUGAAGACAGAGAGGUCGAUGUUCAUCUCUGACAAACAUGGCGUCAGCAUCACCUCCGAGCAGCAGUUCAACCAGGGGAAGCUCAGCUUGUGUAUGGAAGGCACAUACGAGUACGAGGUCAAACUGAGUGUGAGGAACUCUGGAGCCGAGCCGGUGCUCUUCACCUACUACGCUCCGCUGCACUGGCUCAAGCACUUGGCCCUGACGGACGAGCACAAGGUGACCAGGAGGAACCCUCGGACCCUGGGACCAGGUGAAAGCUACGACAUCAGCGUUAGCUUCCGAUGCAGCUGGGUCGGUUUCUAUCCUGUGACUCUGGCCUUUGAGUUCAAACCCGACCUGGAGCCGACCUCCGCUGAGUUCUACAUCGUGCGCUUCAUCGAGGCCCGCUGCAUCACGGCCCUGGGCGUGGAGCUGGCGCCCAUCGCACCCUACAAGCCUCAGCCCCUCUGCACCUGGACCCCCGAGGUCCACUGCACCAUCGUGGACGGGCAGCGGCCUGAGGGGAUGUCGGUGCUGCAGCUGAAAAAUGAGGUUCCUUUAAAACAGUAUUGUAUUCCAGCGUAUGUGAACCAACUGAUCGAGUCCCUGAAGUCUGGUCAGCCGGGUCAAAGACAGACGCUGCUGGAGACUCCUCUCAGCUGGGAGGUCUACACCCAGAAGUUCCAGCUGCUGCUGUUUCUGGAGGAGCGUCAGAUGGAGUCGGACAUCAAGAGAUACAACAUCCCCAACAACGAGAGAGCAGAGCACGCCGUCAUGUCCAGAGACCCAGUCAACAAGAAGCUCCUCGUGCUGGACGUGCCGGGUGUGGCUGAGAACCGUCCCUCGGUUCUACGUGGAGACGUGCUGCUGGUUUGUCCCUCGGGGGAAUCGGGGGUGAAGUAUCGAGGCUACGUUCACAGUGUGGAGCUGAACAAAGUCAAACUGGGCUUCAGCUCCAAUUUGCUGAGUCGGUUCUUCGAGGGGAUGAGGUUCAGGGUGGAGUUCACGUUGAACCGGACCGGCCUGCGGGUCCAGCACCGAGCAGCAGAGCUGGCAGCUGAGCACGGCCUGGAGGAGCUGCUGUUCCCUGCUGCUCCGGCCCAGAGGCAGCCCGAGCUGCCUGACCUCAGAUUGUUUGACCGGAAUCUGGAGAAGAACCCACAACAGCUUGGAGCUGUCCAGCACAUCGUAGCUGGAUCGUCCAAGCCGGCCCCCUACCUGGUGUUCGGUCCACCGGGGACAGGUAAAACGGUGACUCUGGUGGAGGCCAUCAAGCAGAUCGAGAAGACUCAGGCCUCCUGCCACAUCCUGGCCUGCGCUCCCUCCAACAGCGCUGCUGACCUGCUGUGCAAGAAGAUCCUGGAUCACGUGGAUCAUUUCAAAGUGUACCGCAUGUACGCCAGCAGCCGGGACCCGAGAUGUGUUCCUGAAGAGCUGCAGACCUGCUCUAACCUGGUGGGCGACUGCUACGUCUUUCCUGCUAAAGAGGAGCUGAUGGAGUUCAGGGUCCUGGUCACCACCCUGGUGACAGCUGGGAGGCUGGUCACAGGAGGAAUCCCCCCCGGUCACUUCACUCACGUGUUCGUGGACGAGGCGGGACACGCCGUGGAGACCGAGUGUUUGAUCCCCUUGGCAGGGCUGCUCCGUGCACACACGGGUCAGGUGGUUCUGGCUGGAGACCCCAAGCAGCUCGGACCCAUCCUCAGAUCCCCGUUGGCUCUGAAACAUGGUUUGGGAGUUUCCCUGUUGCAGCGCAUGAUGACUCAGUUCUCUCUGUACCAGAAGGACGAGGGCGAGUGGGACCGCCGCUUUGUCACCAAGCUGUUGUGUAACUACAGGUCCCACCCGUCCAUCCUGGAGGUUCCCAACGAGCUCUUCUACGACUCGGAGCUGCUGUGCAGCGCAGACGAGGUCCUACGCAACUCCUACUGCAACUGGGAACACCUCCCUAAGAAGGGUUUCCCGGUGAUCUUCCACGGUGUCACUGGUGUUGACGAGCGCGAGGCCAGCAGCCCGUCGUUCUUCAACAGGGCCGAGGUGGAGCAGCUGGUGGAGUACGUGAAGAAGCUGCUGCAGAACCAAGGCAAGAAGGGCCUGGCCACCAUCUCCCCUCGAGACAUAGGCAUCAUCGCCCCCUACAGGAAGCAGGUGCAGAAAAUCCGUCAGGCUCUGAAUAAAGUUGAGAAAAACUUUAAAUUUAUGAACAUGGAUAAACUGAAGGUGGGCUCGGUGGAGGAGUUCCAGGGGCAGGAGAGGAGGGUCAUCUUGGUGUCCACAGUUCGCAGCAGCUCCAGUUACACAGACUUCGACAAACAGUUCAACUUGGGCUUCGUCAAGAAUGAGAAGAGAUUCAACGUGGCCAUAACUCGAGCCAAAGCCCUGCUGAUCGUGUUGGGAAACCCCAGAGUGCUGAACACAGAUCCCACCUGGGCUCACUUCAUCAAGUUCUGCAGCGACAGCGGAGGAUACGACGGCGUCGCUCUCUCCGGCGUCCUCGCAGAGGAAGAGGAGGAAGUAGUGUCGAGACUCGCUGCUCUCUACAUCCGAAUGGAGGGCCAAGAGGAGACGGAGGAGAGUGUGGUCCAGCAGCACCUGGACCCCGAGUGGAGGAGCGACCUGUGAUCAUCAUCACGUGACGGCUUUGAUCUUCUUCUUCAGGUUCAUCAAAGCAUUUUCUACGUUUGUACUUAAACUCAACAGAAACGACUCAGCAGCAACUUUGAAAGAAUCUAGAAAUUUUAUUGUCACAACAAGUUGAUAAUAAUUUGUGUCUUUGAUCUCAUUCAAACGGAGAAAAGACAAGUGAUGAAUUCACUCACAAAUAAAUAAUAUCAAACAAUACGAAACAUACAAAUAAUAUCUGAGCCCUUAAAGCUUCAGUGUGUAAGAUUCAGGUGAACACACAGAAGUUUGAUAAAAUACAUGCAAAGGAAAAAUAAUACCCAAUUUAAUACAUUUAAAAUGAAAAUAUAUACGUGACUAAUUAUUUAAAAUUAAACCUGAAGUCACGUUUCGAGUUCUAUAAUCGUGGUAAUUAGUAAUAAAUAUGAAAAAUAAGUAAUGAGCCACUUCAGGAUCUGAACUCGUUCAGAGUUUCUACAACUGACUUGAUGAAAUCUGCCUCGUCAUCGUUCUUUGAACUUUUCUCCGUCUUCUCUGCUGUUUCAUAGUUUCUAUUGAUUCAGUGAAACAUCUGUUCUGCAGCAUCACAUCUGGAUUUUGAAUAAUAUGUGAAUCAUUAUUUGUUCUGGAAACAGCUGAUUUGACUUAUUUUAACCGAAUGAAAAUGUUCCUGUUCUCUUCUUAAAAUGGUUCUGAUGAUUUUUGGUUUGCUGAUUUUAAUAAUAACUGGAAAAGAAUGUGAAGGAAUCACUGGUGCGUUGUUUGUUUUUGACUCAUGAGGCUUUAAUCAGAGUUUAUAUCAACUAUCACGCCCCCUGCUGGUCACUGCUGGUUGAGGCACCACAGGAGGUCUGAACUGAAAUCGAUUUCAAUCAGAAUCAGAAUCAGAAAGUAUUUAUUGCCAAGUAGGUUUAUACCUACCAGGAGUUAGCUCUGGUUAUUGGUGCAUACAAUGAACAUAGAAACAUAAAAACACAAUAAAUACAACACACAGAAGAAAAGCAAUAAAAAAAAAAACUGUAUAUAUUUACUCACUAUUUACUUCUUAUUUACUCACUUUUUCUAAUAUUUAUACAAAGUAACAUUUAUUUAGACAUAAACAUAUCUAAAUAAAAAUAUAUAAAAGAUAAAAGAUGUAAAAAGUGAAGUAAAAGGUGAAAUGGAAAAUGCAAAACAUUGAACAGAGUCAAAUUGCAAUAUGCAAUGUAGUGCAGUAUAAUAUAAUAUAAUAUAAUGUGUUAAUUUAACACAUCCUUGAGGUGUGGGGGCGGAAUGAAAGUCAGAGUCAGGGGGGGGGUCCCGGGCCUUGUUGAUGAGGCCGGCUGCAGCCGGGAAGAAGCUGGUCUUGUGGAGGUUCUGGUUCUGAUGGACCGCAGCCUCCUGCCCGAGGGGAGAACCUCAAAGAGUUUGUGACCCGGGUGGGAGGGAUUCAUGAUUUAUUAUUUGUUAGAAAAAAAAAGAACGAAUGAAGACAGAACAGAUCCAGAUUAAUUUCAAUCGUAAGUUCACUCAGCACAUGAGAGAAAACCAUUAAAUCCAUAUUUAACAGAUAUGACAAAUGACAGACAAGGUUUUGCCAGAGAAAAGUUUGAUUUGACACGUAAAUAUUUAUCAAAACUUUUCAUGAUUGAAACUAUUUACAACUUCCAUUGCGUUUAUCAAAUGUGUGAUUUAGAUCAUAUGGAUCGAACAUCACGAACCAGUUGUGUAGCUGUUCUUGGUUGUGAGAUAUGGGGGGGUCUCAGGUGUGUGUGUGUGUGGGGGGGGCUUUCACACACUAGUACUCUGAAUGAUACUGGGUGGGGGGGGGGGGGUAAUUGUCACUGGGUAUUUCUCACACUGGUUGUUCUCAACUAAAACUUCAAAUAUUUUAUCAAAUAUCAAAUAUAAGUAGAUCAGACCUCUAAUUCAUAUCCCUCUGCAGUUCCACUGCUGCUCCACAUGAGGGCGAUAACACACAGAGCAACACAAACUGUUCAUCAGGAACAAAUCAAUCAGCAUUUGAAAAAACCGUCAUGUAAAUUUGAAUCUAAACAAUCGUGUAUAUAAUUAUAUCAUAAUAAUGUAGAAUCUAAAAAAUGUGGAACUUAAAGUUGUUGAUACUUUAUUCAAAAUGUUACGAUAAGUGUUCUGGAAACUAAAAGACACGAAGAAGAAUCCACACUUUAAUCUACGAAAAUAUAUAUUUUUCGUAUUUCAUUAUUAUAUUUAUUUAUUCAUUUAUUUCACAUAUUUAUUACAUUUAUGCUUUAUUAUAAAAAUGAUUAAUGUAUAAAAGAAACGUAAAAAUAAAAUACAGAAAUAAAUAAGUUUGGGGAAAAGGUGAAAAAAGCACAUGGAAAAUUAUACAUGAAUAGAUUUGACCAUAAAAGAGAAAAAAGGUAAAAUUAAAUGGUAAAAGUAGAUAAAUUUUGUGAUCGAGAUAAAUAAAAAUUGAAAUAUGAUGUAUAUAUAUGUAUAUACAUUCAUGUGUUAAAUAUUAACAAUGUCUAUUUUAAUAUUUUCUUUCAUGUGAUUAAUUUCUAUUAUCUUUAUUUUGACUCUGGUCAGUUUCAUCAUAAUAAACUUCUAUUUUCUAAUAAG